CAAAUACAUGUAUUCAGCAUAUAUAUAAAUAUUAUAUAGAAAGCCAAAAGCAAUUCUACUCUUCUACCUCUUUAUUAUCUUAUCAAAAGACAGUAUUACAAAAUGAAGCUUACCAAUGCAGCAACUUAUUGCUACAGACACAACCCAACCAUAAUGAGUUCAUGUGAUAUUAAAAAUAACGUGACCAUAACCCAGUUACAGAAUGACUUAAGUAGCUUUACCGACGAAAUCCAAUCUCAAAUAUCCAAUAUUUGGUCAUUUUACCAGCAAUCCGAUAAAAACCGACGUCUGAUUAUUCUCAAAGGCAUCUUAUCUCUCUCAUGCACUUCACAACUAUCUUACAUUGCUCACACCGUCGAACCUAUGGUUUGUGCUGACUUCACUGCCAUCUUUCCUGCCGAAAUCACCAAACAUAUUUUUAGUUUGUUGGAUGCUUCCACUCUUUGUUCAGCAGCCCAAGUAAGCAAACGGUGGUUUCAAUUAGCAGAAGAUGACGCCCUUUGGCACCAUAUGUGUGAACAGCAUAUCAAUAAGAAAUGCACCAAAUGUGGAUGGGCUUUGCCUCUUUUGUUACAGAAGCGAAAAAGAAUUUUAUCCGCGGCGCCAAGCGGUCAGCCACAGGAUAUUCAGCCGCAACAAUCUACCUUUACCAAUAAGCGAAGGAGAUGCGAUGAUAGCGAUAGUGAUGCUCAACUGAAUCCUACAACAAUAAAUUCGCCUUCCGUCAAGGACAUCAACCAUGCGAUCGUUACACCCACAGAUUUACCAGUAACACCGCCCCCUUCAAAACGCUUGCGUCUUUGGAAACAGAUUUAUCAAGAGCGUUUAAUUGUCGAGCGUAACUGGCGACGAAAAGAAAUGAAACUUAUUACGCGCAAUUUGAGCGUCAAGUCGAGCCAUAAUACACCCUUCCAUACUACCACUAAUAACAACAAUAAUACAUAUACCAGCGUUACCAAAUCAACCAUUAAUGCGUUUCAAUUCUGUGAAGCACAAAAUAUUUUGAUUACCACAGGCAUAGGUAACGAAGAUAACGUUAUUUACGUCUGGAAUUUGGAAACCAAUCAACUUGUACGCACCUUGAAAGGUCAUACGAGAACCAUUCGAACCCUUCAAUUUGAUGAUACAAAAUUAGUCACAGGCAGUAUGGACAAUACGAUACGUAUUUGGAACUAUCAUCAAAGACCCGAAGAGGAUACUAUCAAAGAUCCUUGUAUACGUAUUCUGCAUGGUAGUGCAAGAAUGGUUGAGGAAGAGCAUGGAAAUGAGCAGCAGCAGCAACAACACCAGUUUACUCAGGGAACAGUACAAGAUACUGGCAUAUCACAUUUACAUUUUCAAGGUCAUCUGUUAGCUGCUGCCGGUUGUCAUGAUAAGACGAUUCAAGUUUGGAACUUUGAAACAGGUGAAUGUUUUAGACUUAGCGGGCACACAAGUGGCGUUAAUCACGUCAGACUAUUACAGCGAAGCGAUGAAAGCUGUUCCCGCAACAAUAAUAACAACGGCAGUAAGAAAUACCAACUCUUGUCAGCUUCUCAAGACUCCACCAUUCGCCUUUGGGAUUUAGAGAAAGACAAUAGACAAUGUGUGCAUGUCUUUAAAGGACACGUAGGGCCUGUUGAAAUGGUCAUUCCUAGUGCGCCUGGAUCCACUGUACCACCUUCGUUACUGAACAAACGAAAUCCCAUAUCAACGGCUAAUAUCUUAAACUCACAACAACAAGCUAUGAGUGACACGGUCCUGUUCUCCAGCUCUCUAGAUAAUACCAUCAAAAUUUGGUCUUUGCUGACAGGUGAAUGCUUGCAAACAUUAUUCGGUCACGUCCAUCAAGGUAUUCAAACGCUGGCUUUUGAUAAAUUGUUGAGACGUCUUGUCUCCGGCUCCAAAGAUGGCUCUCUGAAACUAUGGGAUAUUGAAACUGGACUUCCCAUGUAUUCUCUUAUAGAAAUCGAUGGAAAACGCCAUGGUGAAUCGAUAAAUGCUGCUGCUAUUACAGGUGUGCAAAUUAGUGAUACUAGAAUUGUUAGCGCAGAUGAUGGAGGGCAGCUACGUAUCUGGGAUUUCAGCGCGGCAAUUCCUACACCUUCUAACAGUCCUGCGACUGUCAUAUAAUAUGUUUCAAUAUACCCUUUAUUGCUUCUUAUAAUCCAAGAUUGAUAUGGAACUCUGAUUUUUUAUGAAAUAAAGUUUACCCUGAACAGAAAAAGG